GAUGACAUUUAUCAUUUAUCGCCGAAAGAAACAAAUACCAAAACAAAACUAGUCACGCACGUGGACACCGACAAUUUUCGUAAAAAAUACAAUUUUCGACUCAAUCUGGACAUUAAAUCUACAAAAAAACCACCAAAUAAAAUAUCUUGUUUAAAAAUGUCUACAGAUACCCAACGUCCCAGGUUGUAUAUGGACGAGCACAAGUUGAAGCAGGAUCCACACGAUUAUGGACUAGCUGAUGAACCUUUUAACUUGGAAACUUUUAAAAACAAGUUCCAAAUAGUUGUUGUAAAAUACGAUGGCAACGAAAUGGAGUUUGAUAUGAUUGGUGUCCAUCCGGGCAUAGCAAACGCGUUCCGUCGUCUUAUGCUCAGCGAAGUGCCUAGUAUGGCUAUUGAAAAGGUGUACAUUUAUAAUAACACAUCAAUUAUGCAAGAUGAAGUGCUAGCACAUCGCUUGGGUCUCAUUCCGCUACGCGCAGACCCUCGACGCUUUUUGUACAAAACCGAGGAGAGUGGUGAUCAAGGAAAUGAACAUGAUACCUUAGAAUUUGAAUUGAAGGUAAAGUGUACGCGUCGCAAAGAUGUAAAGGACUCAUCAAACUUCGACACCAUCUACAAGAACCACAAGGUUUAUUCCGGUCAAAUAAAAUGGCUACCAAAGGGCAAACAAUCACAACUUUUCAGCGAAACAGAUGUUGGUUGUAUACAUGAUGACAUACUGAUUAAUCAAUUGCGUCCGGGACACGAAUUGGACUUGCGUCUAUUGGCUGUGAAGGGUAUUGGCAAUGAUCACGCAAAAUUUUCACCAGUAGCUACUGCUUUCUACAGGCUGUUGCCGGAAAUUAAAUUGAAUCGCAGAGUAGAGGGCAAAGAAGCAUUUCUGUUGCAAAAAUGUUUCUCUCCCGGUGUUAUAGGAAUCGAUGAAAAUGACUGUGCCUAUGUGAAAGAUGCACGCUAUGAUACAUGCAGCCGUAACGUAUAUCGCUAUCCGCAAUUGGAAGAUGCAGUAACAAUGGCACGUGUACGUGAUCACUAUAUAUUUAGUGUUGAAUCGGUAGGAGCACUUAAGCCUGACGUGAUUUUCAUCGAAGCCGUGAAGGUGCUUAAAGAAAAAUGUCGGAAAUUCUUAGAGGAGAUUGAAGCAGCGUAAAAAAUAUAAAAGUUAUUGUAUUAAUAAAAUUAUUAACAUAAGUUUUGCGACAAAUCUUUUUCUUUGUACUUAAUUUGCUUCUACACCAAAUGUGUCGGAGAAAUAUGAGGCGAGCGCUCUCACACUUUUGCUAUGUGUUUGGCUGUGCUUCUCCUCCAAAUUGAGGUGUGAUUCCAAAUGUUAGAGCACGAAUGGAAAUACCCAAAUAUUUAUUCCGCCUCCGAACAGCAAAUAGUUUUUAAUGAGAACCAUUUCCAAAGCGGAAAAGUCGGAGAUUUGCCAUUGCCUGCAGGGGGGCGUUACAUUUUGCUCGGACCAGGGAUUGAACUCAGGCCCUAUAGAAUGGUAGUACGCAUCUGUAAGUUCUCAGCUACAUGGGAAACAAAAUGGGGAAAUAUCAUGAACAAUGGGAAACAA